AUGCAAAAUCGUUACGGGUUGGAGCAACGCAAGAUCAAAGCCAACAGCUCCCCGAAAGUGGUCGUCGGUGGCUCGUUGCUGCACGCUNCCAUCUCCGCUCCCUCACAUCUCCCCAUCUCCGCUCCCUCACAUCUCCCCAUCUCCGCUCCCUCACAUCUCCCCAUCUCCGCUCCCUCACAUCUCACCAUCUCCGCUCCCUCACAUCUCCCCAUCUCCGCUCCCUCACAUCUCACCAUCUCCGCUCCCUCACAUCUCACCAUCUCCGCUCCCUCACAUCUCCCCGUCUCCGCUCCCUCACAUCUCCCCAUCUCCGCUCCCUCACAUCUCCCCAUCUCCGCUCCCUCACAUCUCCCCAUCUCCGCUCCCUCUCAUCACACCAUCUCCGCUCCCUCACAUCUCCCCAUCUCCGCUCCCUCACAUCUCCCCAUCUCCGCUCCCUCACAUCUCACCAUCUCUGCUCCCUCACAUCUCUCCAUCUCCUCUCCCUCACAUCUCACCAUCUCCGUUCCCUCACAUCUCUCUCAUCAUCGCCAUUCGCCAGCUGUCUUCAGCUGUUGGCAGUAA